UAAUAUUAAAUACGUUAUUGAGAUGGGCUACGAUAAUGACGGAUUUGUUGGUGGCGCUCAAAAGGUCAAAAUAAGAGGAACGAGAGAUAAAUUUAAAAUAACAAAAAGUGUUAUUAUAAAAUGGCAUCCGAAUCCAGUUGAUCGAGCAUGUUUUCGUGAAGCGUAUCUCAGAGAAAUCGCAUAUUACAAAUAUGUGGUACCGAAUUUAUUGGAUGUUCAAAGAGAACACAAUAUAAUAGAAGGCUUAAGAAUGAAAUUUUCCAAUUGCAUAUUCACGUCAACGGAAUACAAUAAGGAGAGCAUCACAAUAUUGAUAGACACAAAAGAUUUUUGCUACAUGGAUAGAUUCUAUAAAAUUGAUUUAAGUCAUGCGACGCUUGUUAUAAAAAAUCUUGCCAAAUUACACGCACUCUCUUUUGUUUUGGCUAAAUUGUGUCCAAAAAAUGUUGAAAAAAUUCAAAACAUAUGCAACAAAGAUGUACAGUAUGGUGACAUUAAAAAAAUACCAAAUUCGUUAAAAUCAUAUUUUACGGCAUCAGUUGCUGUUGUAUCGGAUUUAUCGGCGAAAGAAAAAUUAAUGGCAAUAGAACAGAAUAUUUUGCUAUUACUAAAUAAAACUACUUCUCACAUUCAAAAUUACAGCACAAUUUGUCACGGAGAUUGUUGGAGUAAUAAUUUUAUAUUUAAAUAUCAUAAAAAUAAACCUGUGGAUUCAUUACUAGUAGACUUCCAGUUAGUUCGCUACGCGUCACCAGUUACUGACUUAUCUUAUUUCUUCUACAUGUCAGCUGAUAGACAAUUCCUUCACCAACAUUACGAUCAACUAAUUAAUAUUUAUUACGGAACUCUAUCUGCAGUUCUAAGGCAAUGCGAUUUGAAUAUAGAAGAAAUUUAUCCUAAAGAUAUAUUUUAUAAACAUUUAAAAGAAUAUUCAAUUUAUGGUUUAAUAGAAGCAUUAAUAUCAAUGAAAAUAAUAACAGCGGAACCCGACGAAGCGGCUAAAAUGGUGGACAUGAAAUACAAUCAUCCCAAUGUUCUGUACGAAUACGAGUCGAAGAAUAGAAAUUUGUAUAUAGACAGAGUUAAUAGUGUUGUAGAUCAUUUCUUUCAAAGAAAUUAUUCUCUAUAUAAUGUACUUAAUCAAUAA